AUGAUUUUGCCCCCUCUUUCUCACCAAGUUAACAUAGUUUUUAGGGUAGUUAUAAAACUACAAUUUCUUGGCCACGCAACGAUUAAUUUGCGAAGUUUGGAGCGUUCUUCCUCUAAGAAAAAUGCGUUAUUUCGUCGAGUAUUCCGCGGAACACACAAUGCAAUUCAUUCAAUUACCAAAGAAGCGCCAAGUACUGUGAUUUGCUUCCAGUUGCAUAUUUAUUUGAUUCAUUUUUAUGCUGUUAUUUUGUCUUGUCGUCGAAGUAUAAGAAAUACAGAGGAUAUACCUUUGUUGUUUUUAGAAUUUCCAUACGAAAGUUGCAAGAAAGCACUACAGUCUGAAUUUGUUGACUCUGGUUGGUUUUACAUUAAACCUGUUGGUCAGGUUGGAAUCGUAGGAGUACACUGCAGAAAGGAGGAGACGGGAUACUAUGUCGACAUCCAUCAUGACAGAGAAACUUCAAUUUAUGUCAGCGGAUAUGAACCUUGUGGCAGUUAUUCCCAUCAGCUUAAAUACAAUGCUACUAGUUUGGAUGCAGUGAUAUCAUUGGUCGAUCAAUCAGUAAGUUGCACCCAAUAUGCAAAAAUGAGAUGUAACGCUGCUCAAAGCUAUCAUAAUGAAGAUCCCCCGUGUCACUAUUUAAAAGAUCGACAUGAUGUUAUUAUUAAUUAUUGGGCUGGUGGCGACACAAGCAGCUACUGUGCUUGUGGAAAAACAGGAAGUUGUUAUAGUGCAUUAAAAAAGUGCAACUGUGACAGCUCAAGUAGCACCACUACUCUAGAGGAUUAUGGAAAAUAUACCGAAAAGGAGAAAUUGCCAUUAACAGCUGUUCAUGGUGGCGAUACAGGUUAUUCGUAUGAAUGGUUGUAUCUGACGGUAAAGGAAGUUGUUUGCAAAGAAUUGUAAAAAGAAUUAUUUGAGUAACAUAUGUACAGUACCAGUUGAUACAAAUUACCAAAUAAAUACGUAAAGUACCAGCGGAUUGAAAUGGACCAGAAGCAAAUUUUUUAUAAGCCAAUCAAAUUCAAAAAAUGAAUUAUUUUUUGUUUAUCCAAACGGAAAAAUUCAGCUUUCUGUAAGAACUUAUAAUAUAAAAACCUAUUAAUAACUUUAAAUUAGCACUCUCCUAUACAUAUUACAUAAAAGCUGUUAAAGGUCGUAGUCACUAGCACAAAAUUUCGCAACUUUGUACCGGCUAACACUGAACAAAGCACUUAUUUUCAAGUUUCAAGAUUUUUUUUGUAAUGAAAAGUUAGUAAGAAAAGCUAGACAGUAUUAUCGUAUACAAAAAUAGUUAGAAAAGUGUCUUUCGUCUUUAAAGUCAAAAACGUUUGGCUAAGGUAUUUUAGUUAAUUAUCACCGUUAACAUGAAGCAAACAAGUCGUUAUAAUUUUUUUUUUGUUUCCUUUGUUUUUUAAGCCUUUUUAAUAAAAGUAGCUUUUCUCGAGAAUAAAAAGCACCGCUAUUAAUAACAGCACCUGUAAAUAAAGCUUUGUAAAUGUGAAUUUUUAACUAAGUUGAAUUAUGCAUUAAUACAUGAU